AUGGGAGACUACUACCAUCACUUCCUGUCUUCGAUGUCCGGGGCAGGGAUGAAUCCCGCGACGUCCCCGGAGGAGAUGCUUGACCCUCGAAUGCAUGGAGCACCGAUACCAAUGGUAUCUGCGCCGUUGCCCGGUCCGUAUCAGCAACUUGGAUAUUUUACCGGGUUUCCAGAUCCCAUGAUGUUCAAUCAGAACAAGUCGCAGAAAGCCCGCAGAAAGUCUGCGGCUGGUACCCCUGCAGCAGUUGACCAUGUCAAGCAUCGAAGAACACGAUCAGGCUGCUUCAUGUGCCGCAGUAGGAGAGUUAAGUGCGACGAAACCAGACCAAUAUGUGAACGUUGCAAGAAGGGAAAUAGAGAAUGUGUCUACCCAGACCCCCCAUCAUCAAAAGGUUCCUCAGCCUCGAGCGGUAAAUCCAAAGAUACUGCAACUUCUGCUCAACAAACGAGUCCAACUUCGUCCAAAUCAGAAGACGACGAGGACACCGAGCAAGAGAGUAAACUGGAAAUGAUUGUGGACGAAGACGAAGAUAAUGAAGACCAAACAAAGUCUUCGGUACUCUCCAGACAGUCAAAAAGCGUCUCGCCAUCGACCGCAACAGCAACUCCAAGUAGCCUUGCAGCUGUCUAUUCCUCCUCCGAUUUUCCUAUACAGACGGGUGAAGCGGACUGGUCACAUCUACCACCGGAGUACCAACAAGGCCUCUCCUUUUUCGUGGAAAACCUCAACCAUUUCAAUUAUUGUAUACCCCUGGACUCGGAUGGCUUUUUUACGAAGAUUCUUCCCAACAUGGCCACUCGCCACGAGCCCUUGCUGAACGCGCUCGUAGGCUUCUCUGCAUACCAUAUUACUCUUCGAAACCCACAGGGAAAGCUCCAGGACUUCUUACAAUAUUACAAUAAGAGUGUAACGCAGCUCUUGGGCUUGUUUAAGAGACGAGAAAAGCCCAACGUUGCCACUCUUCUCACUAUUCUGCAGCUUGCCACUAUCGAGGAAUAUUUUGGCGAUUGGGUCAAUCUAAUGGGACACCAAAAAGCAGCUUUCGAAAUAAUAACGAGUAUAUUCACACCCCAGACGGUGAUGCAAUCGCCCGUUGGCCGCAUGUGCCUCAGCUGGUACGCCCGAUUCGAUAACUUUGUUGCCCUCAUGGGAGGAUUCCCUACCGAUCUGCCGCGCGAAUGGUUCCAAGCGAUGUUGGAUUUUUAUCAAUCCGGGAUUACGUCGAACCCUGAUGAGUUACAUUGGAAAAUCGAUGCGUGGUCGGCACGACUUCGCCUAAUUUCUUACGACAUGUCGAUUUUGUUCGCCCGAGGCAGUAGAGGCCAGAUAUCCCAGGAGGAUUUUGUGAAAGAGCAUGAACUCUUGAACCAACAGCUCAUAGAGUGGAAGGAGAAACGCGACCCAGCCUUGCAGGAUCCCAAAUAUCUUAUCAAGGAUUUCCCUCCCCCAGAAACUCUCGAUCCGGACGACUUUGUCAAUCCCUAUACGGUUGGAAUACUUUACGAUUUCCCCCUGUUCGACGUCACAGUUCUAUGCGCAGAAUGGAACAGCAUCAUGAUAAUGCACAAAUGCCAAUCAUCAGGAAUGAGACCGGACCAACUGUUUGCGGAUCUAAACCGCCAUGCAUAUAGGACAUGCCAAUAUUUUGAAACUUUGGAGUUCUGGCCUUCAACUCCCAGAGGUGUUUUGAUUCUGAUACAAGCAUGUAUUGCUAUUGCAGCUCUUUUCUGCCCUCAGGAUGCGAGGCAUCACAUGUGGUUCCGCCGGAAGUUUGCUUUACUAGAGACUAUGGGGUAUAUUCAUCCUCUUCCGCUACGUACCAAAAUGGCAGAGUUAUUCCGAGAACCCGACUGCGUAAACUGGUGGCUGCCAAAUGAAGAAGGGUUUAGCCCAGUUUUACAGGAAAUUCGCAAUUUUGCGGAUGAACGGAACGCUGCAGCUGUCACAGCCCAGCAAGAAAGUGUUCGUGAGGUUCGACAUAUUUUCGCCAAGAUGUCAUUGAUGGACGAUGCAAAUGCCCCGUCAAGCUCUAGUCCAGACUCUGCUUCAGGGCCCAGUGUUGAUUCAUCCAGUGCGAAGCGAUGA